GUUCAAUAAUAUUAUUCCUAAAUAACCCUCAAAAUGAAACCCCACCUCCCAUCUCAUAGCUAUUUCAUCCCCAUAGCGCUCCUCCUCUUGGCCCACAAAGCCCACACACUAUGCUACUGGCCCAACGGCAUCCCAGCAGAACACUACUUCCCCUGCAGUCCAACCUCCAAUAUGUGCUGUGGUGAAGGUGAGACAUGUUAUAAAGAUACCUUAUGCCUGCAUUCGCACCGCUCUCAGAUCGAGCCCGAACACCUAAUCCAAAGUUAUUGGCGCGGCGCCUGUAGAGGGCCUGAUUGGAAGGAGGAGGGAUGUAAUGAGGUUUGUGUGCAUAGCUGGAAUAGUGGAUCGGGUCCAAGUCCAUUGACACCCUGUGGCGACGACACAUUCUGUUGCUUCCUGGAAUUUCAAGAUGAAAGCUGUAGCUGCCGAACGGGUGUCGGUGUUUUCGACAUUACAGCUGCUAAACCUAACCUAGAGUUGCGUGCGACCCGGAUCGAGAGCCGAAGAGCUGGUAUCGCCUUGGGGACGAUAGCAGCAAUCUGUCUACUAGGCUUCCUCGCGUUUUGGAAAUAUGGUCGCUUUUGGCCUCGACCCAAUGGACGACGCUGGUAUGGGCAGGGCAUUUUGGAUUCUACACCCGAAGAUGAGUAUGAGGAUGACGACGGUGAUGACGAACCAAGCGUGGUGGUCUCUUUGGAAAGUCCUGGGAGAAUCCGGUUACGUGUCAACCCCCAAGCGGCUGGCAAAUCGAUGGAUCACGAUGGUAGAGGGGAUGCAUAGUAAAUCAUUGGGCAGAUAUCACCUGACAUAUUCCACACCUAAGCAGCCUCUGGGGUCGAUCUUGUAUCACUCUGUUCUGAGAAGAUACCUUCCGUACUGAUAGUCAGUCGUUUGCACUUUCGAAAAUGUUACAGCGCAACCCGGGCCGUGGGCGUAAUACUCACCUGUGCACACUCGUGGCCACGAGACCUUCUACGCCUCCAGGACUUU